CCUCUCGAUCAACCUCUACUUCCCCACCUUCAAAAACACCCUCUGCCAUCACCAACAAUCCUCAACGAUCAUGGCAGAGAUCAAAAUCGACAAAAACCUCUUCCAAGAGCGAUUAUCGCGCUUCGUAUCGGCAUGGAAGACCGACAAACGAAGUGGUGACACGCUCUUCAACGGAGCCUCCUCCAUCGUGGUGCUGAUGGGCAAGACCGAGGAAGCAGCGCAAUUUCAAAAGAAUAAUGCGAUUCAUUUCUGGUUGCUUGGUUACGAGUUUCCUGCUACCCUCUUCCUCUUCACCCUCGAUGGGCUCUAUAUUGUCACAACCGCAAAGAAGGCAAAGCACCUGGAGCAUCUCAAGGGCGGAAAGAUACCUCUACAUGUUCUGGUCCGAGGCAAGGAUAACGAGGCCAACGAGAAGCUGUUCGUUGAUAUCAACAAUCAUAUCAAGGCGGCAGGCAAGAAAGUUGGUAUAUUGCCAAAAGAUACUUCGAGUGGCCCCUUCAUCGAUGAAUGGAAGAAGGUCUACAGCAACAUCUCCAAGGAAGUCGAGGAGGUAGAUAUCGCCCCGGCAUUGUCUGCGGCUGCCUUGGCGGUCAAAGAUGAGAAUGAAUUGAGAGCAAUGCGAAAUGCCUCGAAGGCCUGCAUCGCCUUGAUGAACCCGUUCUUCCUCGAGGAAAUGUCAAAUGUUUUGGAUGAAGAGAAGAAGGUCAAACACAGUGCUCUGGCGAACAAGGUUGAUGGUCAGUUGGACAAUACCAAAUUCUGGAACACCGUCGAGUUGCCCAAUAAGCAGAAGAUGCCUUCAGAUUUCGACCCUUCACAGCUCGACUGGACUCACGGCCCGAUCAUUCAGAGUGGUGGCAAAUUUGACCUCAAGAUGACUGCUCAGGUUGACGACGAAUUGUUGCAUGCUGGGAUCAUCAUCGCUUCGAUGGGCCUUCGGUACAAGUCAUACUGCUCUUUGAUUGCACGAACCUACUUGGUCGAUCCCAAUAAGUCGCAAGAGAGUAAUUACAAGUUGCUCCUCCAGGUUCAUGGUCUUGUGAUGAAGGAGAUCCGAGAUGGCGCUAACGUCAAGGAUAUCUACGCCAAAGCCCUACAAAUGAUCAGAACUCGAAAGCCCGAGCUCGAGAAGCAUUUCCUCAAGAACGUUGGCGCCGGUGUUGGUAUCGAAACUCGCGAUAGCACUUUGAUCCUCAAUGGCAAAAGCACUCGGUCUUUGAAAGAUGGAAUGACUCUUUGCGUCACAACCGGCUUCAGUGACAUUGAAAACCCGAACCCUCAAGACAAGAAGAGCAAAACAUAUUCUAUGGUUCUUUCAGAUACUGUCCGCGUUUCUCCCAACGAAUCAGUGGUAUUCACAGGCGAUGCUCCCUCGGACUUGGAUGCAACUUCAUUUUUCUUCAAAGACGAUGAGGAGCAUGAACCAACACCAAAAAAGGCCAACAAAAAGGAUUCUUCUGUGGGCGCUGUAGCCGCGAAGAACAUCACCAAGACCAAGUUGCGUGCCGAGCGAACAACUCAGAGCGAUGAAGGUGCUGAGGCGAAGAGACGUGAGCACCAAAAGGAAUUGGCCAAGAAAAAGCAAGAGGAAGGCCUCGAACGAUUCUCUGAGGCUACAGGUGAUUCGAAUGCCACGGCUGUCAAGAAGUUCAAGCGCUUCGAGUCAUACAAGCGCGACAACCAAUUUCCCAAUAAGGUCAGAGAUCUGGCUAUUGUUGUGGACCAGAAGAAUGCCACUGUGGUCCUUCCUAUCAUGGGUCGGCCAGUCCCAUUUCACAUUCAGACCAUCAAGAAUGCGAGCAAGAGUGACGAGGGAGAGUUUGCCUACCUCCGAAUCAACUUCCUAUCGCCUGGCCAGGGUGUUGGCCGAAAGGAUGAUCAGCCAUUCGAAGAUGCUUCUGCACACUUCGUACGAAGCUUGACGUUCAGAUCUCAUGACGGAGACCGCCUUCAAGAAAUCUCUAAUCAGAUCGGUAAUAUGAAGAAGGAUGCCGUCAAGCGAGAGCAAGAGAAGAAGGAGAUGGAAGACGUUGUUGAGCAGGACAAAUUGGUGGAGAUUCGAAACCGUCGACCGGCUGUCAUGGAUAAUGUAUUUAUCCGCCCUGCUAUGGAUGGGAAGCGAGUGCCAGGAAAGGUGGAGAUCCAUCAGAAUGGUCUCCGGUAUCAAUCACCUCUCAAUACGCAACACCGAGUCGACAUCCUCUUUAGCAACGUCAAGCAUCUCUUCUUCCAACCAUGUCAACAUGAACUGAUCGUCAUUAUUCAUGUCCACCUCAAGGAUCCAAUUUUGAUCGGAAAGAAGAAGACUAAGGAUGUUCAAUUCUACCGUGAAGCUACAGACAUCCAAUUCGACGAGACUGGAAACAGGAAGCGAAGAUACAGAUACGGUGACGAGGAAGAGUUCGAGCAAGAACAAGAAGAGCGCAGACGUCGAGCUGCUUUGGACCGAGAAUUCAAGGCAUUUGCCGAGAAGAUUGCUGAAGCUGGCAAGAAUGAGAAUGUAGAUGUCGACGUUCCAUUUCGAGAGCUUGGCUUCAGUGGUGUGCCAUUCCGGUCCAGUGUCUUCUGUCAACCUUCAACGGAUUGCUUGGUUCAACUCACCGAGCCGCCAUUCAUGGUUAUCACUCUCGAGGACAUUGAAAUUGCACAUCUCGAGCGUGUCCAAUUUGGUCUCAAAAACUUCGAUAUGGUCUUCGUUUUCAAGGACUUCCACCGUCAACCGUAUCACAUCAACACCAUUCCCGUCGAGUCUCUCGAAAAUGUCAAGGAAUGGCUGGACUCCGUCAACAUCCCGUUCUCUGACGGCCCCUUAAAUUUGAACUGGCCCACAAUCAUGAAGACUGUAACAGCAGAUACUCAUCAGUUCUUCGUUGACGGCGGUUGGUCAUUCUUGCAGACUGAGACUGAUGACGAGGACAACGAGGCGGAGAGCGAGGAGAGUGCCUUCGAGAUGAGCGAUAGCGAACUUGCCGCCUCAGAAGAGUCGAGCGAAGACGACAGCGAUUUCGACAGCAAUGCUUCUGCUGAUGCCAGUGAAGAGGGUAGCGACGACGAUGCCAGUGGCGAGGACUGGGACGAGCUUGAGAAGAAGGCCAAGCGAAAGGAUAGGGAGAGCGGUUUGGAAGAUGAAGAUGAAGCACCAAAGAAGAAGAGAAAGCAUUGAGUGAACUUCUCCGAUUUCAAAGCGAACAAGGUCUAGAAGAUGAAUAUAUGCGUAUGGGAGGGAGAAUGCCAAGGUUUGCUCUGCUUUCACGGCAACUGUAAGAUUUGACUUUGAGGUUCGUGAGGGGGGCAGGGCUCCAGAUCCGAUGCAUGGCGUAUGGGAUGAGCAAAAUGGGUUACGUUGAUUUUGAGUUUUUUCUCGGUGGCAAGCAGUGGUUUAUUAUGAGCAUGCAAAUACUUUCCGUAUUGCGUUUCAUCUCAUACGCAUCCAUAAUAAUAAAUGACGACC